AUGGCCCCUAUACAUAAGAGUUACCCGACUCCGGCUAACCUGUCGGUGAAACUGCUGUUGAUACAAAUCAUUGGUUCUCUUCCUGACACCCGGAUUUGGAUGUCUCUCGCAGUGCUUUUACAAGGGCCCCCACGCAUGGUCCGCCCGAACUCCAGGUCUGCGCAGCGGGUAGAGCGACAAGCCAGCAAUGAGUCUAAAAUAUCUCUGUGA